GUCUGCUCACCGGUCAGGACAUUUAUGGAUGCAGAUCAACACUCUUAGACUCCAGAAUUCUGGGGAUUGCCAUACACUGGAUUUCCUUUGUGAUUAUUGUUAUUUUAUUCCACUUUAUUUUAUCUUUUUGUGGCAAGAAAACCUGAAGAAACAUGAUCUAUUUCAACUGCCCAUGGGAAAAUAUGUUUUAGUCUGAGAUUGAAUAAUGGCCUUAGGUUUGAGGACCAAAUCUGGAAUGGGAAUUCAGACUGCACGCGUCCUGGUAGGUUUGUGGUCGUGACAGAUGAGACAUGAGAUCUUCAGCUUCCAGGCUUUCAAGUUUUUCUUCAAGAGAUUCACUAUGGAAUCGGAUCAUGCCGGACCAGAUCACCGUGUCGGAGUUCAUCGCCGAGACCACAGAGGAUUACAACUCCCCGACCACCUCCAGCUUCACCACCCGGCUGCAGAACUGCAGGAAUACGGUCACACUGCUGGAAGAGGCAUUGGAUCAAGACAGAACUGCGCUACAGAAGGUGAAAAAAUCUGUGAAAGCAAUAUAUAGUUCGGGUCAAGAUCAUGUUCAGAAUGAAGAAAACUAUGCACAAGUACUAGAUAAAUUUGGGAGUAAUUUUUUAAGUCGGGAUAAUCCAGAUCUUGGCACAGCUUUUGUAAAAUUUUCCACGCUUACUAAAGAGUUAUCAACACUGCUGAAGAACCUGCUCCAGGGUUUAAGCCACAAUGUUAUUUUCACGUUGGAUUCUCUCUUAAAAGGAGACUUAAAAGGUGUGAAAGGGGACCUCAAAAAGCCAUUUGACAAAGCCUGGAAGGAUUAUGAAACCAAAUUUACAAAAAUUGAAAAGGAAAAAAGAGAACAUGCAAAACAGCAUGGGAUGAUAAGAACUGAAAUAACAGGAGCUGAGAUAGCGGAGGAAAUGGAGAAGGAAAGGCGGUUAUUUCAGCUACAGAUGUGUGAAUAUCUUAUUAAGGUUAAUGAAAUCAAGACAAAAAAAGGUGUGGACCUUCUGCAGAACCUUAUUAAGUACUAUCAUGCACAGUGCAAUUUCUUCCAAGAUGGCUUGAAAACAGCUGAUAAACUUAAACAAUAUAUUGAAAAGUUGGCUGCUGACUUAUAUAAUAUAAAGCAGACACAAGAUGAAGAAAAGAAACAACUUACUGCUCUUCGUGAUUUGAUAAAAUCUUCUCUGCAGCUUGAUCAGAAAGAGGAUUCACAGAGCAGACAAGGAGGAUACAGUAUGCAUCAGCUUCAGGGGAAUAAGGAAUAUGGCAGUGAGAAGAAAGGUUAUCUUUUAAAGAAGAGUGAUGGGUUAAGGAAAGUAUGGCAAAGAAGAAAGUGCACUGUUAAAAAUGGAAUUCUUACCAUAUCACAUGCAACGUCCAACAGGCAACCAGCUAAACUGAAUUUAUUGACCUGCCAGGUGAAGCCAAAUGCUGAAGAUAAGAAGUCUUUUGAUCUAAUAUCACAUAACAGAACAUACCACUUUCAAGCAGAAGAUGAACAGGAAUACGUAGCAUGGAUAUCAGUGUUGACUAACAGCAAAGAAGAAGCAUUAAAUAUGGCAUUCCGUGGAGAGCAGAGCACAGGGGAAAACAGUUUAGAGGAUCUGACAAAAGCCAUUAUUGAUGACAUACAGAGAUUACCAGGAAAUGAAGUCUGUUGCGAUUGUGGCUCACCAGAUCCAACAUGGCUAUCAACUAAUUUGGGCAUUUUAACCUGCAUUGAGUGUUCUGGAAUACACAGAGAAAUGGGUGUUCAUAUUUCUCGAAUCCAGUCAUUGGAAUUAGACAAGUUAGGAACGUCUGAACUCUUGCUGGCCAAGAAUGUAGGAAAUACUAGUUUUAAUGAUAUUAUGGAAGGGAAUCUACCUAGUCCUUCACCUAAACCUGGUCCAUCAAGUGAUAUGACUGCACGUAAAGAAUUUAUCACUGCUAAAUAUGUAGAUCAUAAGUUCUCUAGGAAGACUUGUGCAUCUGCAGCAGCUAAACUGAAUGAAUUACUUGAGGCUGUCAAAUCCAGGGAUUUACUUGCACUAAUUCAAGUCUAUGCAGAGGGGGUAGAGCUAAUGGAGCCACUGAUAGAGCCUGGACAGGAGCCAGGUGAAACAGCACUUCAUUUAGCAGUCCGGACUGCUGAUCAAACCUCUCUCCAUCUCGUUGACUUCCUUGUACAAAACUGUGGAAACCUGGAUAAGCAAACAGCAUUGGGUAAUACAGUUCUACACUACUGCAGUAUGUAUAAUAAGCCUGAGUGUUUGAAAUUGCUUUUGAGGGGGAAGCCAACUAUUGAUUUAGUAAAUCAAGCUGGAGAGACAGCUCUGGACACAGCAAAAAGAGUGAAAGCUGUCCAGUGUGAAGAGCUGCUUUCUCAAGCCAAGGCAGGAAAGCUAAAUCCACAUGUCCAUGUAGAGUAUGAAUGGAAUCUUCGACAGGAAGAAAUUGAUGAAAGUGAUGAUGACUUAGAUGAUAAGCCUAGUCCUAUAAAAAAAGAAAGAUCUCCAAGGCCCCAAAGUUUUUGUCAUUCUUCGAGCAUUUCUCCCCAAGACAAAUUGACUCAUCCUGCAUUUAGCACUCCUAGAGACAAGCAGAGACUCUCCUAUGGAGCAUUUAGCAAUCAGAUUUUUGCUUCUACAAGCACAGAUUCACCCACCUCUCCAACUGCAGACGCUCCUCCUCUUCCUCCCAGAAAUGCUGGCAAAGUACCCGUUCUGCCGUUAACUGGAAUACUGGUUCUUCCAUAUCUUUCAUUAAGUGGCCCACCUUCAACCCUCCCUCUAAGCACUCAAACCUCUAGUGGCAGCUCCACUCUUUCCAAGAAGAGACCACCUCCCCCACCCCCAGGACACAAAAGAACCCUCUCUGACCCACCAAGCCCACUACCUCAUGGACCCCAGAAUAAGGGCCCAAUUCCUUGGGGUAAUGAUUUGGGCCCACCUUCAACUAAGGCUGCAAACAAGUUUGAGGGGAUGUCUCAGCAAUCAAGCACUGGGACUGCAAAGACUGCACUUGGCCCUAGAGUUCUUCCCAAACUACCUCAGAAAGUGGCACUAAGGAAAAUAGAAACCAGUCAUCAUCUUUCAAUAGAUAAAUCCCAUCAGCACACAGAGAUGUUUCAGAAGCCCUCGCUGUCCAUCGAUAUACCACAGAAACCACAACCUGGAGACUUGCCUCCAAAGCCUCUGCCUCUGGAAUUAACUCAGAAACCUCAAGUGGGAGAUUUACCCCCAAAGCCUGGAGAACUACCCCCAAAGCCUCAGCUAGGAGACUUGCCACCAAAACCACAACUUGGAGACUUACCUCCAAAGCCGCAAAUGAAGGACCUUCCUCCAAAACCUCAGCUAGGAGACCUGUUGGCUAAAACUCAAGGUGGAGAAGCAUCACCGAAGCCUCAGCCCUCCGAGGCAAAUCAAAAAUCUCACUCCUUAGAUCUUUCUCCAAACGUACAAUCUAGAGACACCGUCCAAAGGCAACCAUCUGAAGAAUCUAAUGACAUAACACAUACCCUGCCAGAAACCCCUGUUCCACUUCCCAGGAAAAUAAAUAUGGGCAAAAACAAAGCUAGGCGAGUGAAGACCAUUUAUGACUGCCAGGCCGAUAAUGAUGAUGAGCUAACGUUUGCUGAAGGAGAAGUAAUUAUUGUAACUGGUGAAGAGGACCAAGAGUGGUGGAUUGGCCACAUCGAAGGACAGCCAGAGAGGAAAGGGGUCUUUCCAGUGUCCUUUGUGCACAUUCUGUCAGACUAGUAAACAUAAAUCCUAAACUUGAGCAUUGCACAUUCUUCAUGCAAGACGGGCUUUUUAGCAAAAGCGAACGCUGCUGCCUCCCUGUAAUCCUGUGCACAAUUGUAUAUAUAGCUGCUGUUACAAAUUAAGAAUUCAUUUAAGUUUCACCUCAUGAGGUUCAAUUAUAUGUAUUGUAAAUAUACUGUGUUAUUCUGCCUUUGCCAGUAUUAUGGUAGCCUUGGAACCUGGCACGCCUUAUUGGGUUCUUUGAAGCCAUCUUCGGCAUCUAGCACUUACAUCUCUGUGUCUAUGCUGUUCAAAAUACGUAUGAACUGCCAGCUUUCCAAACAUAGGUGGUCUCUGUCAACCAUGUAACUGUACAGAAAUGACUGUUCCUAAUAACUCGGUAUUCUCAGUAUACAAUUAGCGAAAGUUAGAAUGAGUGAAUGGUUUUGGACAAUUUACAAAUCAGUCUGCAGUUUAUAAAGUGUAUGCAGUUUACAGCUAUGGAACCCACUUCGGUAUUUAUUUAAUAUAGUGCUCAGUUAAAUGUAAUUAUGAAGACAAAUAUUCACUGACUUUACAGAUAACAGUAAUGUUUUAUGGUGUGCAUACAGCAUUUCAUGUUUAUAUUAUGUGGACCUAUGCCAAACUGUGAUUGCAAUUCCCCUGUGAUAUUACCUCACUAUAAAAUGUUACAAAUUUAUUUCAUUCAAAAACUUAUUUUAAUGAAAAUUAGUCAUAUUGUUCUUUAGUAGAUAUAUGUGAAAUUUGCUGGUUUCUUUCACUGAAUUCUUCGUAACCAAGGACUUCUAGAAAAUGUUAACUGUUGACAUUAUGCAUGCAUUUAGAUGCUUACUUGAAACCUGCCUUUGUACAAAAGUAGUACUGUAGUCAUAUAGCUACAUUUGAAGAAAAGAACUUUUUAACUUAAUUGCUAUUCAGAUUAAUGUGAGCUUGCAACAGUAUUUGUUUAUAGCUAAAUUGGCUCUUUGAAAAAUUAUUUUGGGGGCGUUGUUUUCCUCUGUCUUCAACCUUGCUAAAACUUAGAUACCUAAAAUAAAACUUCUUCAGUGGUGAUAAAAGAAUAAACUUAAAGUAUUUUAAAUUGCUCUAAAAA